CCUCCACAGGCCAAUAGGAGGAGCUCCAGGGUUAGUUCUUCGGGAGGUUUGGGGAACAGACAGAGGAAAUCAUUUGUUCCGUUGUUGUGAUGAGUUUUGUGAGCCGUGGAGUGUUUGGGUGGGCAAGAUGGAGAUCAUCACGACCCAAAUGGACCGGGAUCUGUUUCCAGAGGAGAAAGGCCACUGUUGGCUCUGCAGUGGCUGAAACACCAAGUCGCAAGACUUUCCAGGAACUGCCAGGCGUUGGGUUCUGGAGCUCCGUGUACUGGUUCCUGCUCCGGGGCUAUAUUCUGCACACACAUGAGUUACAGGUAAUAUAUAAGAAGCUGUAUGGACCCAUGUGGAAAUUUGUAGUGGGUCGAGAGAUUUCUGUGAGCAUUGCUUCCCCUGAAAUAAUGGAGAAGAUGAUGCGACAAGAAGGGAAGUACCCUAUGAGGUGCGACAUGGCUGAGUGGAAGGAGCACCGGAACUUGAAGGGCCUAGCAUGUGGGCCUCUGACAGAGGAAGGGGAACGCUGGUAUCACUUACGCCAGGUGCUGAACAAGAGGAUGCUGAAACCUUCAGAGGCUGUGCUGUAUGCUGAUGUCAUCAAUGAAGUGGUGACUGACUUGAUGGUGCACCUGCAGAAUGAGAGGGAGAAGAGUCCUUGUGGGGUGGUAGUCCAGGAUGUUGCCAACCAGCUCUACCGAUUUGCCCUGGAAGGCAUUUCUUACAUUCUCUUUGAGACCCGUAUUGGCUGCCUGCAAAAGCAAAUACCUGCAAAAACCCAGGUCUUCAUAAAUUCGAUUGGUCUCAUGUUUAAGAAUUUCGUUUUUGUCAAUGCCUUGCCCAAGUGGACCCGGGAGGUGCUGCCUUUCUGGAACCGCUAUCUGGAGAGUUGGGAUACCAUCUUUGCUUUUGGCCAAAAAUUAAUUGAUAAACGAAUGGAGGAAAUCGCAGCUCAGCUAGAAGAAGGAGAAAAUCCAAAAGGAGAAUAUCUAACCUAUCUGUUGUCAAGUGGGAAACUAACCAUCAAGGAAGUGUCUGGCAGUGUGGCUGAAUUACUCAUGGCUGGCGUGGACACAACAUCCAACACAUUAGCGUGGACUCUCUACCACCUUGCGAAAGACACUGAGAUUCAGGAUGCCUUAUUCCAAGAAGUUGUGGGUGUGGCACCCAAAGACCGGAUCCCCAGUACUGAAGAUCUUGCAAGGAUGCCCUUGCUGAAGGCCAUCAUCAAAGAAACACUGAGGUUGUACCCUGUGGUUCCUAUCAAUUCCCGAGUGGCAAUAAAGGAUGUCAUUAUUGAAGGUUACCAUUUCCCUAAAGGGACAUUGUUCUCUUUCUGUCAUUUUGCCCUCUCUCGUGAUGAGGCCAACUUUCCGGAGCCCAACAAAUUUGUACCACGGCGCUGGCUGCGAGAAGAGCAUGCUUCAGCCCAUCACCCCUUCAGCUCCAUCCCCUUUGGCUAUGGGGUCCGGGGCUGUGUGGGGCGUCGUAUUGCUGAAUUAGAGAUGCAUUUGGCUCUUGUCAGGAUUAUCCAGAAAUAUGAAAUAAGACCUGACCCCCAGGGAAGUGAAGUGAAACCCUUGGCUCGUGUCGUCUUGGUGGCAGACAGACCCAUCAACCUUCAGUUCCUGGACAGACAGACAGAUGAUUCUUCACACGCCUUUGGAUAGGCAGCACAAAAAGUCUCUGCUAAAGCCAAAAGGUGCCUGAAUUCUUAGUAUUGCAUAUGUUCUGUUCCCAGUUUAGUGACUUUCUUCCUUGAAUUUAUAACCAUGGACAUGUCUUUUCACAAAUAGUGUAUAAAUAUACUGCAAUUUGCAGGUUAUUUGAAUGUAGGGAUCCUGCCAAUAUAGUGUAUUAUUGGAAGCUAUCUUGCAAACUUUUGGGAAAAGUAAAAGGGCAGGAUGUGUUUAAAAUAAAUUGCUUACCUACUAAACACUGUAAGCUUCACUUUAAGAAAAUGAAGAAGCUGCAAUCUUUGGACUUUGCCAUCAUGUUCUGAAACAUCUUUUUUCUCCCUUUCCCCUCUUUGUACUUGACAUCUGGAGUGAUGAAGAGUUCUGGGGAAAUCAGAGUUGCACUCACUCUUUUUGUAAUAUUUGGAUUGGACUUAAUAAAAAGUAUUACAAUA